GACACGAAAAAAAAUCUAUGGUUAUAUCAUUAUCAAACAAAUGAUCAGGUAUACUGCGGCCUUUUGGUUCAGGCUUAAGUGCUGCCAAGCGGUUUUUUCCCCUGGGACCAAUCUGGGACCCAGGAUGCUCUUGGGUCUUUGCCAAGGGCUGCGUGAGCUGGUGAAUCAUGAUGAUGAGUGCCUCUCAGACUUCUCAGAUGAGGAUGUCUUCGAGGAGGGGUCGCCCACGACAGCGGCAGAUCUCCCAAACCUAUGACCCGGACAGCGAUGACUACCAGAUGGUAGUGACGCCUGAGUUGCCAGAGGUCAUCGAGCUGGAAGAAAAGCAACUCACCAUGGAGCAGAUCGCGAAACUUCAGCAUCGAAUUGAUUUAGGAGGCGAACCUGAGAUCAUUGAGCACUACCAGAAGGUGCAGGAGACGUGGCUGGAGAAACUGUCGAUGGCGGCAACCGGUGACCGCUUCGUGAGCAAGUUCCCAAAGGUGGACUCGCUGGCCCCAUGCAGGAUGCGCAGCAUGUCGCGAUUAUCCACAUGCGAGACAGACCUCGUAUCACUUGGCUCUCCUAGCUCUCCUGCGUCUCCUAGCUCUGCGGCUUUCAAGGGCAGCUUUGCCUCGAGCAAUGAAGCAGAGGUCACAAAUGGACGCGUGGAAGCUGCAGUGGAGACAGCAAUGAACUCAGGAUACGAAGAGAUCUCCUGCUGACUGCCGAGAUUUGGCCCGCUGAAGUCACACUCUUCGAAGUGGCAUCGAGAUAUUGUGAUCG